GCCCUGCCUUCUCUCUGGAAGAGGAAGGAACCCUCCCUCACCCACACUUCAAGAAGAAUCCUUCCUAGUCUCUCCCUGAAAUGUUUUAGUAACAAGCUGGAUCUUUCCUUUAUGUGUCGCAGCUGCACAAGACAUCCAAGCAUCCAGUUUUUCAGAACCUAAGCAGUUAAUGCUGGAAAUUUUGCUGCAAAUAAAUUGAUCAGUAUGCAAGACAGUUGUCACGGCUGAAUCAUGGUCCACGGUUAAGAAAUGGCUUCAGACAUACCAGGAUCUGUGACCUUGCCUGUUGCCCCCAUGGCUGCCACUGGACAGGUGAGGAUGGCAGGGGCCAUGCCUGCCCGAGGAGGAAAGCGGCGAUCCGGAAUGGACUUUGACGACGAAGAUGGUGAAGGUCCCAGUAAAUUUUCAAGAGAGAACCACAGUGAGAUUGAGCGGCGCAGGCGAAACAAGAUGACUCAAUAUAUUACGGAGCUCUCCGACAUGGUUCCCACCUGCAGUGCACUGGCCCGGAAGCCAGACAAGCUCACCAUACUGCGAAUGGCGGUUUCACACAUGAAGUCCAUGAGGGGCACCGGAAACAAAUCUACUGAUGGCGCAUACAAGCCUUCCUUCCUCACUGAGCAGGAGCUGAAACAUCUCAUCCUUGAAGCCGCUGAUGGAUUUCUGUUUGUGGUAGCAGCAGAGACAGGAAGAGUAAUCUAUGUGUCUGAUUCGGUCACUCCUGUUUUGAACCAGCCACAGUCAGAGUGGUUUGGGAGCACUCUCUACGAACAGGUACACCCAGAUGACGUGGAGAAGCUGAGAGAGCAGCUGUGCACUUCGGAAAACUCUAUGACAGGCCGCAUCCUGGACCUGAAGACUGGGACAGUGAAGAAGGAAGGACAGCAGUCGUCCAUGCGCAUGUGCAUGGGCUCUCGACGCUCCUUCAUCUGUAGGAUGAGGUGUGGAAAUGCCCCCUUGGACCACCUGCCUUUGAACAGAAUAACCACCAUGCGGAAAAGGUUCAGGAAUGGCCUUGGCCCUGUGAAAGAAGGAGAAGCCCAGUAUGCUGUGGUCCAUUGCACAGGUUACAUCAAGGCUUGGCCACCAGCAGGAAUGACCAUACCUGAAGAAGACGCUGAUGUAGGCCAAGGCAGUAAAUAUUGCCUUGUGGCAAUCGGGAGGCUCCAGGUGACCAGCUCUCCUGUGUGCAUGGACAUGAGUGGCAUGUCAGUGCCCACAGAGUUCCUGUCCCGGCAUAACUCUGAUGGGAUCAUCACAUUUGUGGACCCAAGAUGCAUCAGUGUGAUUGGCUACCAACCCCAGGACCUUCUGGGAAAGGAUAUUUUGGAAUUCUGCCACCCUGAGGAUCAGAGCCACCUACGGGAGAGCUUCCAGCAGGUGGUUAAGCUGAAGGGCCAAGUGCUGUCGGUCAUGUAUCGGUUCCGCACCAAGAACCGGGAGUGGCUGUUGAUCCGUACCAGCAGCUUCACCUUCCAGAACCCCUAUUCCGAUGAGAUCGAGUACGUCAUCUGCACCAACACCAACGUCAAGCAGCUUCAGCAACAGCAGGCAGAACUGGAGGUUCACCAGCGAGAUGGGCUGUCAUCGUACGAUUUAUCUCAGGUCCCUGUACCCAACCUACCUGCCAGCGUUCACGAGGCAGGGAAGUCUGUGGAAAAGGCAGAUACAAUCUUCUCCCAAGAGAGAGACCCCCGUUUUGCUGAGAUGUUUGCAGGCAUCGGUGCGUCGGAGAAGAAGAUGAUGAGCUCAGCAUCAGCAUCAGGCAGCCAGCAGAUCUACUCCCAAGGAAGUCCAUUCCCUGCUGGGCACUCGGGCAAGGCCUUCAGCUCUUCCGUGGUCCAUGUGCCUGGAGUGAAUGACAUCCAGUCCUCCUCCUCAACGGGCCAGAACAUAUCCCAGAUCUCACGGCAACUGAACCAAGGCCAGGUGGCAUGGACAGGCAGCCGUCCACCCUUCCCGGGGCAGCCCAGCAAGACACAGUCAUCUGCCUUCGGCAUUGGAUCAAGCCACCCCUAUCCGGCUGACCCUUCUUCCUACAGCCCUCUCUCCAGCCCAGCUGCCUCCUCGCCAAGUGGAACCGCCUACCCGAGUCUUGCCAACAGGACUCCGGGUUUCGCUGAGAGUGGACAGAGUGGCGGGCAAUUCCAGGGCCGGCCCUCGGAGGUCUGGUCUCAGUGGCAGAGCCAGCACCACGGACAGCAGAGCGGUGAGCAGCACUCCCACCAGCAGCCUGGCCAGACUGAAGUGUUCCAGGACAUGCUGCCCAUGCCGGGGGACCCGACGCAGGGGACUGGCAACUAUAACAUCGAGGACUUUGCUGACCUUGGCAUGUUCCCUCCAUUUUCUGAGUAGCUUCAGGCAAAGCCAGGCUCCUGCUGCCUAGGAGCUAUUCUUGUUAUGGCAUAGAUGCCCAUGUUCAAAGGGCCCCCCUUACUCAGCUUGCCCUGCUGCAGAACCUCCAGAAGCUCCCCUUAUUCCCCAUCUCCCUGGACAUGGCAUCACCUGGCUCUAGCCCACAGGCUUGGCUUCUUGGGUUUGAAACCUUUGUAUUUAUUGUACUUUAUCUGUGUGCUCAGAAGGGGGCCUCCAGGGUCCGUAAAUUCCAUUGUGAAUAAUGUCUAAAUGGACAGUUUGCACCCAUCAAGUGUUUGCUUGGCAUCCACAGUGGCUGGCAGCACCAGCAGGUCUGCCUGGUGCAGAAGCUGGGUUUCUUUCUGCUUUUUCACAGCUGCCGCCUGGGGGCUUCAGGAAGGACUGAGAGGCAGUAACCUGGACUGGAGCCAGGCGCACAGGGACCCAGGCGAGAUUCCCACCACUCGCUGUCCUUGAUGGCCUGGGGCCAGGUGUGCUUUGUACAGUGAGAAUCAGAGUUGUGACUUGGUAGAUGUACUGUGAUGUGUUGGUGUGUGUGGCCCAUGAGAGUGAGAAGCUGUCCCCACUCGGCUGUAUUUCAAAGGAGAGCACCACAGGGCCCUGGGAGCUGGGCUGGCAGCCAACCCUCCAGGAGGCAGGACUGGGGAGCUGCUCAUGGUGUAAGCCAUUUCUUUGGUCCCCUGGCCCUUUUACAGACAGCGUCCACUUAACAUUCCUAGCCUUUCCUCCUGGCGACCUAUGAGAGUGCUCACUCUUCUCUCACUAGGCCUGAGGGACAGUGUCCUGAUUCCAUGAAGGGCAUGGCAUCCUCCCUGCUGUGUAGCAGAGCUGAGCUGUUUCCUGCCCAGCUCCUUCAAAGGUCACACCUGGCCCUCUGUACAGAUCCCGAUGCCCCGCUUCUCAGUGUCUCUGACACCUUCUACUCAGUAACCUAGGAAAAUGGGGCCACAUUCUGGGCGGGGAAGCGUGCUCUGGGCCACCUGAGCCUCCAUCCUCAGCAGGCAGGAGAGCCAGGCGUAUCUCAGAACAGACACAACCAGGCCUUGGAAGCCAUGGACUCGGCUCUGGCCACACUCUUACAGUGGUCUUAAGGUAGAACUUUGAGCUAACUUCUAGAAACUUCUGACCCCAGAGUCCCUGUGUUAGUCAGAUUUGACAGAGCUUCAGACUCCACAGGUUUUGCAAGUCCCAGAGCUCCUCCCCCGUCCCAUGUGCUAUGGUGAAUGCUCCCUGCCUCCCUUCACUUAAUCGAGCCUCAUCUCAAGCGUCUCAUCACCAUGGAUCAGCGUGAGUGUGAGAGAAGCCACAGAGCUACCUUAGGCAGGCCCUGGGGUCCUCCGGAACUCUUUCAGGAACCCCUUGUUUGAAUGUGGAAGUACAGGCUCUCGGAACAGCCCUGCCUUGCACCUGGCUCCAGGAAUGUUGGGAGCAUAAUAGGUUCCAGGACCCAUGAGAGCAGAAAGAUCGCAUGGAUUAAAGGCCUAGGAGAGUAGCACUACAUUCCUAAGCUCAGCUUUGCCUGCCACCCAGGGAGCACCAGUGUUUUUAUAGGACUCACCUGCAAACUCUGCUUAGCUCAGCAGGAAAACCUUGGGGAUCCCCGCCCCUGACAAACUCUGGUCCCAGCGGUCCUCAGACAGCUUUGAACCCUUCCAUGGAGACUAAUAACACAGUCUGAGGUCCAUCCCAGCCUCAGAAUUCCAAAUAGGUCUCCUAUGUGUGCUGCCUGGUAUAUCUUCUGCCCCAACAGCCUGGAGCUGGCCUCAGGUGGUGAGCAUAAGUUAUAAAAGAGAAAACAGCCCAAAGCUAGCUUCUGGAGCAAAGUGAUGAAACCAGCUGUGGCCUUUAACUUAUGAAUUAAGAAGCGUGGGGGCUUGAGUUUGGUUUUUUACUACCUUUGGAGGAAAAGUGGGACUUUUCUCAGGUGUGUGACACAGGUUACAUGGGCUGUCACUCCCCAAUGUGAGCUCACCUGCUUUGUGAUGGCUGUGACCUAUCACACAAGCAAAAACAAGUCAUUUGCUAAUCAUCAGUAACAAGGUAAAAUUGCAACCCUCUGUGUAUGUGGCCAUGGGUUGUGUGUCCUAACUUGUCAAUCCACCCUCCCCUUCCCUACCAAGCUGAUGCUCACCUGAAGUGCCACCACUGGGGAAACUGAAGCAGGAAAGGUCAUGAGCUCAGGAGUUCAAGACCAACCUGGGCAACAAAAUAAAUGUAUAGCUGAGUAACUUGGCCAUGUUCCAUGUACUGAGGAGUCACAGAGUCACUAGCUCCCUGACUGCCCUCUUCCGCCAUUGCCUAGAAUCUGAAACAGCUUUGAAGAGGUAGCUCACAGGGCAUGGGCACAUUUCUACAUGUGACAUGCCAUGUCUUGUGCCCCAGGGCUGGGUUUGUUCAGGUAGCUUGCAAAGCCUUGUAGGUACAGGUAGUAGCAACAUGCAGCUGUUCACAGGCCAUGCAGGGCCCCGCACUGUACUUUGUCUAACUAUCUGUUUCCUUAAAGAAGAAAAUUCCCAGGCAGGCUUCCAUGGACAGCAAGCACUUACUCAUCUCUCUCUUAGCCUUCCUUCUUAAUGGAUGUGAACUGUGCCGUGGGUAAAUCAUUUGUAUUUCUUAAGCGUUCUGUAUGACUAACAGGUAUUAAGUCACUGGGUAUGUGUAUAACUAAUGUAACUGCCUUUUAAAUUUUCAUUACAAUAAAAAAUGACUUUGCUCUGAA